CUGCUGUAUAAAGAAAUACAUACCGUACAUUUUGUUUUCACAAACUAACCUCGCCUCAUAACGAGGCCGUGACCUAUUUGCUCGGAGCUAUGUCUGCAAGUCCAGAUUUACAUGAUGCUGACAAUGACGGCAUUGUGUCUGCCUGUAAGACAUUACGAGACAGUACGCAGGAGCUUCAGGUACAAACAACCAGAUCUUGCAUUGCAGGCGGAAGCUGUGAAGAGUUCAGCUCAGAGUCGAUCGAGAAGAAAGAGGCUGCUGGAAGCGAGACAGAGUGUGCUAGUUGAGGAUGAGGUGGACCUUUGGAAGUGCGCCACCAUAGACCUGAUGUCUGAUGAGGAAGACAGCAUUAUUGGCGGGGUGUCUGGAUGGAUUGUGCGACCUCUGUCCUUUUGCAGCCAGGAGCUCACCGAGCUCUGUGCCACGCUGCAGUCGAGAUUAGAGGCGAUUCCGAAGUACAGGGCAACACACCACUGAAGUCUGCAAAAUGGACCGAAUUCAGACAGGAGCU